GAGGAAAUGUUAUUUCAAUCGACCUUGACGGCAAAAUGAAUUUUCUAUUAAUAAACUUAAGAACUAAUAGUCGAAUACCAAAUUCCUUACUUGUGAGCUACGUGCGGGGAUGUGAACUAAUUCCACAGACAAGAGAAAGGGCAUUUAGUUGUUGUAGAAAAUGUAAACCGUUUACGAGAAAUUUUUUAGUUUGUUCAAAUGUACCAGGUUCAAGUUCACAAUUAUCAGUGAUAAAACGACAAUUAUCCAAUAAGUCUAGAAGAACAACCUUUAAAAUACCAGAUGAACUGUGGGUCUUGCUUAUCGUAGGUAUGGGUGGUGUUGCAGUGUUUACAUUCACAUAUCAAAAGAAAAAAGAAAUAAAAGUAAAAAGAGGAUCUGACUUGCAAAUGAAGUUAGCAAAGGCAAAGCAAUACCUACAAAAUGAGGAGAAAGAAGAUGCUUAUGUUCUACUUAAAGAAGUCUUGAACAUGAUACACAAUGAUAUUGCCGAAAAACAAAGACAUGAUCCCUCAAAGAAAGGAAAGCGACCCUUUCACAAGGCCCUCAAAUAUGUACUGGAUCAGUCAGCGAAUCUGGCAAUUGAGUUGGAGAAGUGGGAUGAGGCCGAAUACUACCUUCGUCUAACAUUACAAGAAAUGCUUGCUACUGGGACAUCAAAAGAAGAUGAUGCUGUCAUAGAAAUUUCUUUGAAGCUAUCUCAAGCUUGUGAAAAUCAAAACAAGAAUGAUUUAGCCCUUGUAGGGUAUCAAUGGUGUGUAGACACAGCAGAGAACAAUAUUGACCAGGCAGAUGAGGCCGAUGAUAACAGCAAGGCUCUUCUAGGGCUAUGUCUAGAUGGUCUGGGCAUGUUUUAUCUUUCUCAUGGAGAGCCUGAAAAGGCUGCGGAAACCUUGGAAAAAGCCUUAGAAGUUGCAGAGGAGGUACUUGGACAAGAAGAUGACCAGGUACUUGUGAUAAUGAGCAAUCUUGCCAAAGCGUAUGCGGAAUCUCAGCGAUACGAAGAGGCUGAGACACUGGCCAUGAAGUCCAUCAAACUGGCCGACCAAACAGAAAGUUCUUUUAAGGCAUUUGUCUUGGCUAAUUUAGGACUUAUUUACCUUGAGGGAGGUAAAGUCAAGCGAGCAAAGAAAGCAAUGAUCAAAGCCUUUAGAAUGGCAGACGAGUCAGACGAUGAUGUAGUUAAAGACAUGAUUAAAGACAGUACAAUGAAACUGGAUAUUAAUGUAUGAUGCAGAGCUAUUUCUGGUCCUUUUUUCACGUGCUUAGCAGCUCAAGGAAAUGGAAAAUAGAAUGAAAAUGGAAGGGAAAGAAAGGGAAGAGGAGUAAACGCCUCCCCUUGACCAUUCCCCUAAGCCAUUAAGCAGGUGACUAUACAGUUAAUAUUUAAGAAUCUUUGGUUUUGUUUAACUAUACAUUUUUAAAAGACAAAUUAAAAUUUGUUCCUUAGAAGUUUAUUGAUUUAGCUAGAAAUAAAGGUAUUAGGUAUUUAUACAUUAUGCAAUCUGCAUUACGAUCUUAAAUCUGAAGGUGGCAGACGUUGCUGCCCAAACAUGUCAUCCAAACUAAAAAGUGUCGUGUUCGUUAUAAAAAUGAAAAAAACUUGAUGAUGUAGCUUAUUCUGGUUUUAAAUAAAACUGCAGACAGCA